GUCCUGCCGGAGCAGAUCUGUUUGACGCCAAAACUUGCUCGUUUGGCGGCGCGCGUCAUCGUUUCGUGCGGCGGGCACGGCGCGUGAGUGUUGGAGAGACGCAGAGAAGGAAGAACACACGUUUUUUUUUCUCUCCCAGCUCCUGGAGAGGAACAACAACACACCACUUAAAGAAGAAAAAAGAUGAUGGCCGGUGGUGGCGAAGCCGCCAUGGACCAUAACGGGAUCUUUUCCACGUCGAACCUGCACAACCUGCAGCAGAGCCACAUGGAGGCUGACAACGCAGACUCCCGCAAGCGGCCGCUGGAAACUCCGGAGGAGGAGGCCGGAUGUACCAAGCGCACCAACACGGGAGAGGAGGGUGAGUACUUCCUGAAGGUGCUGAUCCCCAGCUAUGCAGCCGGCUCUAUAAUUGGCAAAGGCGGCCAGACCAUUGUACAACUACAGAAAGAGACGGGGGCCACCAUUAAGCUGUCCAAAUCCAAAGACUUCUACCCAGGAACAACAGAGCGUGUCUGUCUGAUACAGGGUACUGUCGAAGCCCUCAACGGUGUCCACAACUUCAUUGCUGAGAAAGUCCGUGAGAUGCCCCAGAGUGCCCAGAAGCCAGAACCAGUCAGCAUACUGCAGCCACAGACCACAGUCAACCCUGAUCGUAUCAAACAGGCAAAAUUGAUCGUGCCAAACAGCACAGCAGGGCUGAUUAUUGGCAAGGGAGGCGCCACAGUCAAAGCGGUGAUGGAGCAGUCAGGAGCGUGGGUGCAGCUCUCCCAGAAGCCAGAGGGCAUCAACCUGCAGGAGCGAGUGGUAACAAUCAGUGGUGAGCCUGAACAGAACCGCAAGGCAGUGGAGAUCAUCGUACAAAAAAUCCAGGAGGACCCCCAGAGCAGCAGCUGCCUCAACAUCAGUUACUCCAAUGUCUCGGGCCCAGUCGCCAACUCCAACCCCACCGGAUCCCCCUACGCUAACACCGCCGAGGUGCUGCCUAAUGCAGCUGCAGCAGCUGCAACUGCCUCCAGCCUUCUGGGUCAGGCCGGCUUGACGGGAAUGGGUGCCUUCCCUGCUGCCAUGUCGAGCUUCUCUGGCAAUGACCUGCUGGCCAUCACAUCGGCCCUCAACACACUGGCCAGCUAUGGCUACAACACUAACACCUUGGGCCUGGGCCUUAACCCCGCAGCUGCCUCUGGUGUCCUCGCUGCAGUAGCAGCUAGUGCCAACCCGGCUGCAGCUGCUGCAGCUAACCUCUUAGCCUCCUAUGCUAGCGAUGCCUCCGGCGGCGCUGGCCACCCUGUGACCGGCCUUGGCGGGUUCUCCCUGGGUUCUCUUGCAGCUGCUACAGGGGCUUCCAAUGGGUACCUGAACGCCUCAUCCCCACUGAUGGCCUCCUCCUUAUUAGCAACGGAGAAGCUGGCAGACGGAGCCAAGGACGUGGUGGAAAUUGCUGUACCUGAAAAUCUGGUUGGUGCCAUUUUGGGGAAAGGAGGGAAAACGCUGGUUGAAUACCAGGAGCUAACAGGAGCCCGCAUCCAGAUCUCCAAAAAGGGAGAGUUCAUUCCUGGUACUCGGAACCGUAAAGUUACCAUAACAGGGUCGCCAGCCGCUACGCAAGCAGCGCAGUAUCUGAUCAGCCAGCGGAUCACCUACGAGCAGGGCGUGCGAGCUACCAACCCGCAAAAAGUGGGUUAAAAAUGUAAAAAAAAGGAGGAAGAAAGGAAAGGAUGAGGACAGAGCUAGAGGAGAAUUCUAAAGGGUCAAAAUGAGGAAAAAAAGAGAAAUGUCCAAAUAUUUAAUAUUUCAGAAUCAAAUGAGAGGAUUACAAAGGAGGAGGAGGGGGAGACACCGAAGACAAAGUGUGUGUGAUAUUUGAAUGUUUUGGGACUGAUGUCCUGAUCUUUUUUAAAAGUUUGUGUCCAGUCCUUUUUGAUGAUGGUUAUCAGAGUAAGCUGAACUUGUCCACUGCCAAGGUGCAGAUUCAAGGGUGAGGCCACAUGGUUUCACUUUCCUCUAAAACCUCAUUGAUGAGUUUCUUUACUUAAGUUUUGUUUUGUUUUUUUUUAUAUAUAUUUUUGAUUGGUUUAAUCGUUUUGAUGUAACUUGCAGACCUCAGCUCCCGGUGAGUUGAAUGUCCAGUGAGGUCCCAGCAAACCGACGGGGCCGUUUCACGGGUCUUUGUCUUUGUACGCAAUGUGCAAGGCGUUGGCGAUGGGGUGGGGGUGGGGGGUGGGGGCUCAAAGCAAGCAUGUGAGAUCACCUCACUUUAUGAGAAGCAAAUCAUUUCCUUAAAGAAAUCACACAUUUGUAAAUUUUUUGGGGGGGGAUCUUGAAAAUUGAAGUUUAAAAAUUUGGGUAUUUUAUAUUUUUAUCCAUUAUUUAUUGAUAUGAUCUAAUUCAUUGACAGAUGAUUUGAACCUGUAAAUGCAGGUUAAUCUGAAUGUAAAAAAAUAGCCUAUUGAUAUUUUUUAUUUACAGGGAUCAAAUGUUGUCUCGCAGUGAAAGAAAUGUACAAGAUAAACCCAGUCUGAGCUUCACAGUUGCCGUCUGCAAGGGUCGUUCUGGGGUUCAAUAAUCUACAUGAGAUAAUAGAGGAGACACACAGGAAUGUAUAAAUAUAUUUCACGUGAACACACUUAGUUAAUGCUCCUACAAAUGCACAAACAUAUUUAGUCAUUGUGACAAACACUCCAAAAACAAACAAACCUUUCUUGGUGCUACAGGAUUGGCUAUAAAUCAUCACCAUUAGAAAACCAGAAUCUCCCACUCACUCUUGGUUUAAAUAGGCUGACUUGUCAUCAAGGGUUAGGAAUAAGGGUGUGCGAUACUGCUAUUGUUGCUAUCAACCUGAUAACAUGUAAAUACAGGGAAAGUACAGUGGUAUCUUGGUUUUCCGUUCCAAAAGGUCUGAAGACCAAAUUGCAUCCAUCCAACCAAAAUAAUAACACUAUUUGUACAAACAUAUUUUAGUUUUACAUGCAAAUACUUAUAAAUGAUGAAUGAAAUAGAUAAAUGAAUGAGUGAUGAGUGGAAAGGUAGGAUGUUAGGGGAGCGAGAUUACUUUGCUAUGAGUUCUUUCCUGAAUUCGUUACUUAGUCACCAACACGUUGGAUUCUUUGUUUUGACCAGUUUGUCUGUCAUGAUAUUUAGCUGUGCAUCAACCGAGACGAUAUGCAAAAACCGUGGCCACAUUUUCAUUUAAUCAUACAAAAAUUGGGGCGUAUGAAAACCGAGGCACCACUGUAUAACAAUAUAACAAUGUAACAUUAUGACUAACCCAAUAAAAAACACAUUCAGCUAUCAGUGAAAAUAAACAUAGAAAACUGAAAAAUCAUCACUACCCUUGGUAUUAAUGCCAUAUAUAUUUGGAUCGAUCCACCCACCCCAAAUUAGUAGGCUGGAUCAUAGGUAGAACUAGAUACAAUGUGCCUACAUGGCGGCCAUCUUAGCCUGGGCCGCUUUUCCAACUUGCUUAUUUCUCAACUGAUAUGUGCUAUUAAUACACAACAUUGGAUUAUUUUAAUUACCUAUAAAAAUGUUACUUUUUGUUUCUUUGUUUCGACUUUACGGCGUAUUUUGGAACCGAAUGCAACAUAAUGUCCAGGCAUUCUUGUUGUCUUUCAUUUCCAUGCCAUCUACAGCAAUGUAAUGCCUUGGCACUUUGCCCCUACUAGCUUAAGCUGGCCGCAGGCACGCAACUCAAAGGGGCGUAAAAUACGUAUCUAGUUUUAUCUAUGACCUGGAAGACGUGACAGUCGCUCUUGCAUGAUAAAAUAGGGUUGGUUCUUAAUUUCAAUACAGUUUUAAAGUCUCAAGCCAACCCAUACUCCCUAAAAUUCACUUACAAAGGUUUGCCUUAUUGUCAUAUGCGCACAUCCCAAUUUUACCAUCAAUUUAGAUGUACCUUCUGAGCCGAAAAUAGUCCAUUUCACAAAGAAAAGCUGUACUACCAGUAUCUGUGAGAAAAAAAAAACAUGCCUUCACAUAAGGGUACCAAAUAUUCAAGAGACAUCCUCUAAAGAAAGGGAAUGACACUUGAAAAGAAGUCUUGGUCACAGUUUCUCUGUGAGCCAUCCUUCUGCAUUUGCAUCGAGACAAAAAAGAUUUGUUCAAUUCAUCCGGGCAGCCUUUUAUCCGACCCAAAACAUGCGACUCAUCAUUAACUUUGGGAGGAGCAUACAGAAACCAUCAGAAAUAAUAUCUUGGAAUCACUGUCUUUCAUGGACAAUAGUUGUUCUCGUGGAGGGAGGCAAACUAUUUAGAGCAUUUCCAAGCACUCCAAGAGUAC